AUUUUUCUCUGUUUUUCUGAAAGUCACUGUGAGGGGAGGGCGUAGCAGACCACUCAUUAUAAAGUGUCUUCUUCAAACUGCUACAAGAAGGGGAAGACAACAGUCAUAUCCAGAGUUUCCAUCUGAUUGAUUUAGCCAUGAAUCUCGUUUGUUGGGUGAUGAUGGUCCUGGGGAUUUAUGUCCAGCAAUCAGUUUCAGAGAUGGCACAGUGUUUCACUGAAUUUUCCCUAUCCACUGGGACUUGUGGUGAUCUUUUGGGUGAGAUUGAAAAAAAAGACUGUUGUAUGAACCCUAACUAUGGCUACGUAGAAGCAGAUGGGGUUUGUAAUUCCUGUGGCCGGGCUGCAUGGUCUGAGUGGGCUCCCUGGAGCAAGUGUACAGUGAGUUGUAAAGAGGGAGUUAGGCAAAGGCGAAGAAUGUGUUAUGGAAUUGGGUCUUGCUUAGACCCUGCGGAACUGGGAAUGAUUCAAACCGAACCUUGUAUGGAACAGGACUGCUGCCCAGUGGAAGGUGGUUGGUCACAGUGGGGGAACUGGCAGCCAUGUUCAGUCACAUGUGAAAUUGGAAUUAAAAAAAGGCAAAGAACCUGCUCCAACCCACUUCCGCAAUGUGGGGCCUCCUGUGAAGGUCAAGCAGAAGAAACUGCAGACUGUAAUACUGAGGUUGUCUGUCCAACUCAUGGCGGUUGGUCCAGUUGGGGAAAUUGGGGUCCCUGUCAAGGAACUUGUGUUAAUGAAGGGCGUGAGCCGCCAAUGGAAUUUCGUAAAAGGACGUGCACUGACCCCGCUCCGUCUUCAAUUCCACGUGGACGAGACUGUGAGGGCUCUGACACGGAAAGUCGAUUUUGCACUGGAUUACCUUUCUGCCCAAUUAAUGGAAACUGGGGUCCUUGGUCAGAGUCCACACCCUGCACUGUAACAUGUGGUGUGGGCCGAGAGUCACAAAGACGGACCUGCGAUUCCCCUGAACCCAAACAUGGUGGCAAAUAUUGCGAUGGUGAUGCUAUAAAAACUGGUUCCUGUACUGUUCCCAUUAACUGUCCUAUUAACGGAGAAUGGACCGAAUGGAGUCCGUGGGGUUCAUGUAAACCACCUUCCAAAAGAACAAUCACUUGCAGGACCAGAGAGGGAACCCGAACUAGACAGAGGGAGUGUUUUGGCAGAGAAUUUGAAGGAAAUGUCUGUGAUGGAGAGAUUGUGGAUCAUGGCAACUGCUAUGAUAUUAAUGGCUGUGAAAUGAAAGCUGUGUUGUCAGAGUGGAGUCACUGGAGUUAUUGCAAACCAGACUGUGGGUCAAAAUCUAACCGAAUAAGAGAAAGAGUGUGUACUGCUAACAUCUCUGCAUACAGGGUCCAAGACAUCAACGUUUUCUCAGGGGAUCCGCAUAUUAUUUGUAAGGAUCUGAAAAAAGAAACAGAGACAAGCGAAUGUAAAAAUGUACCUGAGUGCUAGGAUAAGAGCUGAAACCUCAUCAACUUGAAAGGACAUCAACAGCUUGCUAUUGUUAUAUGAAUAGAGAGAUAAUACAUUUUAUUACUCGUUGUUGUAUGAUAUGUGAUUACUAUGCCAUUGCUGAUUACACUUUUGUAAAUAAUUUUUUAAACUCUGCUAUGAAUAAAUCAUCUAAUCUAAAUCUUAAUCUAACUGUAUAUGUAAUAAACAAAUCCUACUUUUAGCUAGUUGUUUUGGAGAAAAUAGAAUGAAAAGACUCGAGCCAGCCAGGAGUCGAACCUGGAAUCUUCUGAUCCGUAGUCAGACGCGUUAUCCAUUGCGCCACUGGCCCGACGGGUUAACGUCGAAACCAUGUAACACUAUAUUAUAAUCAAGUCUAGAUGUGUAUGGAAACUCGCGAUAACGGAUUUAUUACUUUUAGGACAAUACGUCCAGACAAUGUUACCACGUUAUUCCUUCAGACGUAUGGUUACUAUUUGUAAAACACCACAUAAUUGUAGAGGGUGCUCAGUGCAGAGCCAAAAGAAAAAACUUCGAACAGUCAACGUUUAUAGGUAACACCCAUAGAUAUACGGGUAACACUGACCAGAGCCCUUGAAAACAGAGUUGCGACACUUGCUUAGACGUCCGUUGGAAGAAUGGAAUGCGGAAGUAACUUGUGUCAUGGAGGGCUCUAUAGUUCCAAACAUUGCAUUGAAGCCCAUUAAUUUCACUGUUUCCCAAACAGCUAAGUUGGUCAAAUACAUCUCUGUAAAACUGGUGUUUUGUUAUAAGGAUGUUUUUGAAACAAAUUUUGUUUUCCUAAAUAAAAAUGUUUUUUUUCUGUG